UUCGACUUUUUCUUGUGUUAUAACCGCGUUUUUUUUUUGUUGUCGUCGUUGUUUUUGUAUUGUUUCGAACACACAAAUGCUUUAGUUUAUGUGUCAAAAUACAGUUUAAAGACACCAGAAGAUGUCAACUGCGGAGCAGCCGAGAGUGAAGAAAGCGAGAUGGUGCACCGAUGUGUUCUGCUUAGUGAUUUUUUUGAUUUUUUGGGCCAUUUUGAUAUUUAUAUCUGCAUUUGCCUUUGUAAUUGGAAAUCCGUUUAGAUUAAUCUAUGGAUUAGAUAGCUUUGGAAAUGUUUGCGGCUUGAGAAAUGAACAGAUGGGCUCACUUUCGCUCUCCGGAUUGAAUAUGACCGACAGGCCUUACGUUUUUUAUCUAAAUAUGGCCGACAUUAGUAACUCGAUGAAAAUCUGCGUGAAGAAAUGUCCGAACCGUUUCAUUGAGAAUGAAAUGGAUUUGAUGAUGUUCGAGAAGGAGACGGGCACGAAGCUCUGUAGGUACGACUUUAACCAGGAUGGAAGUAGUUUCUUAUAUCCGGUUCCAGAAAACGCUAGUCUCGCAAAAACUUUUCAACUCAUAGAAGAAAAUUACGGUUACGGACCUUGUCCGAAAAUGCCCAUUUAUCCGACGAAAUCUGUAAUGAAUCGUUGUGUGCCUAAGGCAGCAUUUGACCUAACCAAAGAUGCAGUUUAUAGUAUUUAUGGUUAUCUAAACAGUUUUGAUACGUUUCAACAGACUGUCAGUGAUUUAUAUGCUAGUCGUCUCGAGAUUACAACUAUGAUUUUGCUUUCUUUAUUACUUUCGGUUCUUAUGGUUCUCCUCAUUCAUUUUGUAGCAGCUUUCGUAUCUUGGAUUAUUAUGCUUAUUGUUUCUUUGGCGUCGAUCGCCGUAACGGGCGUAUUAUGGUGGACUUACGUUGAUAUAAAAUAUCAUCUAGACACCACUCCGUUUGAACAACUUUUAGAAGAAUCUGCCAAGAAUGAACGUGCUUUUCUCGCUUACUCCAUCGGCUCUACUAUAUUAACUGUCUUACUACUAUUGAUUGUUUUUGUCAUGAGAAAACGUGUGAAAUUCGUCGUCGCCCUGUUUCAGGAAGCCGGCCAUUGUAUCAGAAACAUGCCUUGCCUUCUAGUACAGCCUCUCUGGACUUUCAUUGCUUUGGUUUUGUUUUUCGUCUUCUGGUUAGCCGUUUUACUCGCAUUAGCCACUGCUGAUUAUCCAGAAAGGAGAGAAGUAAAGUCGCCUUUCUAUUCAGAAGAAAAGCUGAUGAAGACGUUCGAUAUUGUAACGACAGGGACUCCUACGGAGAAUGUAACUCCCAGCGUAAAUGCCUACACUCUGGUGUCGUACACCGAACCUUCGUGGGCGCGUUACAUGUGGUGGUUUCAUGCCAUAGCACUGAUUUGGAUCAGCGAAUUUAUUUUAGCAUGCCAACAGAUGGUUAUCGCCAGCUCCGUAGCGAUGUGGUAUUUUUCUCGAGAGAAAAAUUCUUUGAGAUGCCCGAUAGGACAUUCCGUACUUCGUCUCAUCUUUUAUCACAUGGGUUCUCUGGCUUUAGGAUCGUUUCUGAUCACGGUGUUCAAAAUCCCUCGUCUGAUUUUACAAUAUGUAGAAUCCAAGUUGAAAAAAAACAGUAAUAGUGCCGUGGCGAGAUGCUGUUUGAAAUGCUGUCAGUGCUGUCUCUGUUGUUUUGAGAAAUUUCUAAGAUACUUAAAUCACAAUGCAUAUACUGUCAUAGCUAUUAGAGGUGUCGGAUUUUGCAAAGGAGCACAAGAGGCUUUUAUAUCGUUAGUGUCGAAUGCGCUAAGAGUGGCGGCUAUCAACAGUGUCGGCGAUUUCGUACUCUUUCUCGGAAAGUGCGCCGUCACGGCACUCUCUGCAUUCGUCGGCAUUUUGAUGAUGAAGCACGAUCCAGAGUUGCAUUUUUACGCAGUUCCUGUUUUUAUCGGAAGCGUGUUCUCCUUCUUCAUAGCUCACUGUGUGCUUUCGGUUUACGAGAUGGUCAUCGACAUUUUGUUUCUCUGCUUUUGUGAAGAUUUAAAGAUGAACGAUGGAUCGCCUGGAAAAGAAUAUUUUGCUCCCGCGGGAUUAAUGAAAUUUUUUAAAGAACACGGCGACGUCGGAGAUUCUGCCCAACCGUUACGAGAACUACCCGGCAAACAGAAGGCCGACGAAUCGGACGGAGAACAAAGAAACGUAUGACUUCAUCGCCGAAGUCUUUUUACUUAAAUUUUGUCGAUUGCUUUGUUUUAAACACAAUCACGCAUUAAUUUAAUUUUUGUUUAUGCUUGAAAAAUCAUGUUUGUUUAUAGAAAAUGGUACGUAAUAAUUGCCAGACUUUUUGGCGCAUCUAAAAAGGGAUGAAUGGCUUUCUCUUAUAAUUAGGAAAAGGUUGUGAUUAGACGGCAACUGUGAUGUUUAAAGUAGGGACCAUUCCUAUUUCGGGUCAUAUGCAACUCUUGUGAUUUGCCGUUUCUAUUGUGAUGAUCGUCUUUUUUUUCCGUCGGAUGCCAAACUUUAAUCGUACAAAGUUUUUCGAAAAAAUUUUCACGUUAUCCG